GGCGUGAAGUUUGGCCCCACGUGCGUCCUCUGCGAGUUCAUCAUGAGCAAGUUGGACGGCUACCUGGCUGACAACCCGUGCGGCGGUGGAGGCGGUGGAGGCGGUGUGCUCCCUGCUGCCGGCCACCACGGCGGGGGAGUGCCGCGACUUUGUGGAGCGCUACGGCACGCGAGUCGUGGCCUCCUCGUCAAGGGGCUCAGCCCGGCCGUCGUCUGCACGCUGCUGGGCCUCUGCUUCGGCGACGCUGCGGCCACGGCGGCCGACGCGGGCGCCGUCCACGGGGACUGCGCUCUCUGCAAGCUGCUGCUGAGCGGCGUGGAGGUGCCGCUGGGCAGCAACGUCACGACGGAGCGUGCGGAGUCGGCGCUGCGGGCGGCGUGCGACCUCCUCCCCCUCGCCUACAGGGGCCAGUGCCACGGCCUCCUGCAGGAGAACCGGGCAGUGCUCGUGGCUCAGCUCCUCAGGAAGUUCUCAGGCGCUGAGAGGACUUGCACGGCCGCGUCUCUCUGCUCCUCCCCCGUGGAUGGGCGUGGCCCCGUGGGUGGGCGUGGCGCCGUGGGUGGGCGUGGCGCCGUGGGUGGGCGUGGCGCCGUGGGUGGGCGUGGCCCCGUGGGUGGGCGUCGCUGCACGUGGGGCCCCUCCUUCUGGUGCCGUGACGCUGACACCGCUCGCGCCUGCGGGGCCACUGAGUACUGCCGAGACAAGAUGUGGAAGUCGCAGUCUUAAAGAUGUGCAGUGAUGGAGACGUUGGGUGUCUCCCAGGGCAGCCCGGCUACUAACACCACCACUAACACCACCACCACUAACACCACCACCACCACUAACACCACCACUAACACCACCACUAACACCACUACUACUAACACCACCACUAACACCACCACUAACACCACUACUACUAACACCACCACCACCACCACUCUCACCACCACCACUCACACCACUCACACCACUCACAUCACCACUCACAUCACCACUCACACCACCACCACUCACAUCACCACCACUGCACAGCGCCUGUCCCAUCGAGUGCGCUCUGUCCAACACGCUCGUCGCACUGGACAGCAGAAGUAGCCCUCCCUGCCUGCCCCUUCACCCCUUCACCCACCCACUCGCCCACCCAUCUACUCACCCACCCAC